CCUCCUCUAACUUUCAGCUCCUUUUGUAGUUUGCAUUUGCAUCCGCAUCUCUCUCUCUCUAAGUACUAGUCCUUCUCAGAAUUUCAAUCUCAAAGACUUUUCCCAUUUUGCCUUUUAGAUUCUCUUGCUCUAAAAUCCAUCUGUUUUUCCUUCACAUCCACAAAUGGUACUACCAAAGCGUGGCCACAGAUUCUUCAAGUUUAGAAUUAACUCUGUUUCAGACCAUAUUGCUUUUUUUGAUCUUUCUAAUUUUUAAUUUGAAACCAAGAAUUCUCGUCCACAAAAAUCCUUUUCUUUUUUUUGGGGUUUCCAAUCAACUGGUGCUGCUAAUUUAAGUCUCAACAAAAUUUGCUUUUUUUUUUUUUUCCGACAGAAACUGUUCUGUUCAGUAGUGGUUGACAAUCAAAAUAUUCUCUUUCCCUACCAUAUCCACCAACCUCUUAACAGUUUCCCUACUUCUAGUUUUGUCUUAAAAAAUCUCCAUAGCGAUUUAGAUUUUAUUUUUAUUUUUAUUAUUAUUAUUAUUUUCUAUCAUUCUGGGUCUAUAUAUUUUGUUUUGAUAUCUUUUUUCUGAGACAAAUGAUUCCUAAAGACUACGAGUUUUCACGUGGGGUUGUCGAAAUGGCUUGGAUUAUGCUGAGUGUUGAUUAUUCAAGGCUUUUCUGGUUGCUGUUCGGUGUUUUCUCUUAUGAAAAUCAUGAAGGAAAGCCUCGGAUCAUCUAGCAUCAGAUAAUUUCUUUUUUAAUGCAUAUCACUCUGCCAUAUAUUUAUAAAUAUAUAUAUAUAGAUAGAUAUAUAUAUUUCAAAGCUAUAUAAAAAAUAAGUAUAUAUAAAUAUAUAGGCAAUUAAUUAAAAUUAUAUAAUUAAAAAUCUGCGAAUUUCGAUUACUGGGCUUGGUUUGCUUCAAUUAUGUACAAGACGAGACUUGGAAGGUGUGGAGAUGGAAGCAAGGUACAGACUGGUUACGUUGAAACCGAUCCAUCUGGUCGGUAUGGACGUUACAGGGAAAUUCUUGGCAAGGGAGCGAUGAAGAUAGUAUACAGAGCAUUUGACGAGGUACUUGGAAUGGAAGUGGCAUGGAACCAAAUCAAACUCAACGACGUGUUUCGUUCUCCUGAAGAACUCCAAAGGCUCUACUCCGAGGUUCACCUCCUCAAGACCCUACGUCACGAUUCCAUUAUCAGAUUCUACACCACUUGGAUCGAUCCUACUCGCAGAACCUUCAACUUCAUCACUGAAAUGUUCACCUCUGGCACUCUCAGAGAGUACAGACAGAAAUAUCAGCAUGUAGAUAUUCGAGCGGUCAAGAACUGGGCUCGCCAAAUAUUACAUGGGAUUGCUUAUUUGCACGGUCUUGAUCAGCCCGUAAUUCACAGAGACCUCAAGUGCGAUAACAUCUUUGUCAAUGGACAUCUUGGGCAGGUCAAAAUUGGUGAUUUAGGAUUGGCUGCUGUUCUUCGUGGCUCAAAGCAUGCCCACAGCGUUAUAGGUACACCUGAAUUUAUGGCACCGGAAUUGUAUGAAGAGGAUUACAAUGAACUGGUAGAUAUAUACUCCUUCGGCAUGUGUGUCUUGGAGAUGCUUACUUCCGAGUACCCUUAUAGCGAAUGCUCAAAUCCUGCUCAGAUCUACAAGAAAGUGACUUCGGGGAAAUUACCUGCUGCGUUCUACAGGAUUCAAGACGAGGAGGCUAAAAGAUUUGUGGGUUUAUGUUUGCAAAAUGUCUCAAAAAGACUGCCAGCUAAGGAGCUCUUGCUCGACCCGUUUCUAGCAUGCGACGAUGAUGAUGGAGAGCUGUUGAGCUCCCCGAAAGUCACAAUUGAGGAACCACUUCAGAAUGGAGCAACAGCAAUGGAAAAGUCAUCAAUGGUCUCUGAUAUAGAAAAGAGCACAAACAUGACAAUAACCGGGACGAUGGACCCUGAAGAUGAUACAAUUUUUCUCAAAGUUCAGAUUUCUAAUAAGGAUGGUGAAUUAUAUACAGGUAAUGAUGGCAGAAAUAUUUACUUCCCGUUCGACAUACUAAACGACACUGCAAUUGAUGUAGCAACGGAGAUGGUCAAAGAAUUGGAAAUCAGUGAUUGGAAACCAUCUGAGAUUGCCCAAAUGAUAGAGAAAGAGAUAUCUUCUCUAGUUCCAAGUUGGAAUGCUUGGGGAGGUUCACCAAGAGAACUCAAUGAUCAUCAGCACAGCUUUAGAUUCGAAGACGAAGACGAAUACGAUAACGAUGAUAUUGUUCAUCAUCCUUUCUUCUCAUCUUCCUGUUCUUCAUCACACACUUCUCUUCCGGGUCUCAACUCUCCCCGUUUUCAUUCCCGGAACAACAUGAAUUCUUGCUCAAAUUUGCUUCAGGAUGAUGAUCCGUAUAUCAAUGAUGAUGCAAGCUCUCAAUGCUCCAUGAACUCCUUCAACUACUCCAAUAUAAACUACUGCUCAGUCCAUGAAGAUGACUAUAAUUCAAGUCUCAGAGGACCAGGAGAUUCCUUCUCAACUGCAAUGCCUCAGGAAUCUACAAGAUUAUGUCCCACAGAGACCUUGAACAUUACUGCUAAUCACUAUAAUAAUCAUCGCAAAUCCCAUAAAGAGACACAAAGAGCUUAUGGCUUAAAACACCACCAACCUACCAAAUUGUGUAGGAUUCAAUCGUUUGUGGACUUGCGCAGUCAGUUGUUGCAUCGUUCUCUGCUGGAAGAGAUACACAAAAGACGCUUGUUUAAGACUGUCGGUUCCGUUGAGAACAUUGGAUUUCAGGAAAUAUAAAGCCAAGAUGUUCAAUAUUCAGGAAAUUUUUAUUGGGGGGCCUUGCAAUGAUGCAGAAUAGCAAGGUGUAAUCCAAUGGUGGUGUUACGAGUUGCCAUUUGAAUUGUUAAAAAAGUUGAUGAAGAGUAGAGCUUUGUGCUAUGAACAAGACUGUAUAUAGAGCCUGUGGUUUGGCUAAUGAACAUUGGGAGUUUUGAGGUAAUUAAAAAUAAUUAAUGAGUGCAGUUUUCUUUCACCGCAAAGGACUUGUUACAUAUACAAAACAAGUAUGAUGUUGAUGUUGAUGUAGAUGAUGAUGAUGAUGAUGAUGAUGAUGCUUAAAUAAAGGAAUUGCUAGUUUAUGAUA